AUGCGGGAAUGCAGAGGCGUUAACUGGAUCGUGACAAUGCGGAAAUGCAGAGGCGUUAACCGGAUCGUGGCAAUGCGGGAAUGCAGAGGCAGGAUCGUAACAAUGCGGGACUUCGGACUCAGUCGCGGCCGGGCUGGUGGCUAUGUCUCCAAGGACGCGUGGAGCAAGCCAAACAUCAAGGGCACGCCGCCGUCGCCGCGCGACAGCCACACGAGCACGGUGGUGGGCAGCAGGCUGUUCGUCUUCGGUGGCACGGAUGGGUCGUCGGGGCUCAACGACCUUUACAUGCUCGAUACCUCAACCAACACGUGGACACGGCUGGCGGCGCAGGGGGACGUGCCAGCAGCGCGAGAGGGGCAUGCAGCAGCGCGGGUGGAGGGGCUGGUGUACGUGUUCGGGGGGUGUGGCAAGGCGGGCGAGGGGGGUAUGGUGGACGAGACGUAUUACAACGACGUGCAUGUGUUCAACCCUGACACGAUGCGGUGGGCGAGGGUGGCAACAACAGGCACAGCGCCAUCACCGAGGGACAGCCACAGCUGCUGCGCGUGGGGCAACCAGCUGAUUGUGUUUGGCGGGGAGGACUCGCGCAACUGCUACCUCAGUGACGUCUUUGUGCUCGACACCAGGGACAGAAACCCUUUCCCCAUGCAAGCAGUGCAUGUGGCGGUGACAGCAGGGCGCUACAUGGUGGUGUUUGGGGGCUUCACAGUCAGUUUAGCACAAUCGCUUUCCCCCCUCCUCUCCCUACCCUUCCUAGGCUCGCUGGUGUGGAGGGAGGUGAGGGCGAGGGGGCAGAAGCCUCUACCACGAGCGGGGCAUGUGGCGGUGACAGCAGGGCGCUACAUGGUGGUGUUUGGGGGCUUCACGGAUGAGCGCCGCCUCUUCAACGACCUGCAUGUGCUCGACCUCUCAUCGGAGCACUGGCAGCAGUACACGUUCACAGGGGUCUCUUCACUCCAAUCAUCCACCAUUGCCCAUUCCGUUUCUUCCUCCCUUCCAUCCCUCCCCCGCUCCGCUCCUUUUUACCCUCCGCCAGCAUCGGAGCACUGGCAGCAGUACACGCCCACAGGAGACGUGCCUUCACGGCGCUUCUCCCUGUCAGCCGACCUGCUGGACACAGUGUCGGGCAAGAUGAUGCUCUUUGGGGGUUGCAACGACGAUUUGGAGGCUCUAGAAGAUGCCUACUUCCUGCAUACAGAUUUCGGGUCGCAUGCAGUGGAGUUCCCCCGGCCGCACGUGCGGCGACGGCCCUUUGACUCCAUGCCCAUGCCCAUGGACGCACGCAUGGGCAUGGACCCUCGCAUGGCUGUAGAGGGCGGGGGCACACCCAUAAGCGUGCGCACCCGGGUGCGGCUGGGAGGGGUUACAGGGAGGGCGUACUUGCUUCCUCUGAUACUCCUCUCCUCUCACAAUUUCGGGUCGCAUGCAGUGGAGUUCCCCCGGCCGCGCGUGCGGCGGCGGUCCUUCGACUCCAUGCCCAUGCCCAUGGAUGCUCGCAUGGGCAUGGAUGGUCGCAUGGCCAUGGACGCUGGCGUGGGCAUGGGGGCUGGAGGGACGCCCAUGGGCAUGCGCGGCAAGAGGGGGGAGAUCCCACAAGUCUCACCAGCCUUGCCGCCCGGGCUGCACCCAGCGGACCUGAUAGCGCCGGCGGGCAGGGAGGUGCCGUUUGAGGCGCAGAUAGUCGACGUCUUCCACCUCGGCUACUGCCUGCGUGCCACCGUCGCCGGUAGACCACUGCACGGGCUGCUCUUCUCCUACGACCCUUCAUUUGCUCAAGCUGCCCUCGCACGCCAGGCCCACCCAAAAGACAAGCAGGUACACGGUCCUCCUGCCUGCCCCCGCUACCUCCACCGCAAAUCAUCCUUCCCCUACCACCACCCCUCACCCACCCCACUUCCUCUCAAACCUUUCCUUUCCUCUCACCCCUUUCCCCCCCCCGAGAACAGAAGGCAAGCAGGCACACGAUCCCGGCCGUCCGAUUUGGACAUCCCGUUCGAUCCUGCGGUCGACGCAAUGAUUGCGUCGGAGAUGGCGGGGAGGAAGAGCAACGACCCACCUCCACCAGCAGAAAAUGAGAGACAAGCCACCCAGCUGGGCACGCUGCUGAAGCAGUUCGUCCGCGUGGCGGCACCCUAUUGGUCGUCGGAGGACAAGGGCCAGGCACGGCUGCGGCUAGCUGCGGUGUUUGUGUUCGCGCUGGGCUGCACUGGCGUCUCCGUGCUUUUCAACUUCUUAUAUCGGGACUUUUACAACGCUAUAGCGAGCAAGGACGAGGAGGCCUUCCUGCGGCAGCUCUUGUGGUUUCUCGGAGCCACUGUGGGGGGUGUGCCGGUGUUUGUGUUCCGGGACUACCUGCGUGACACGCUGGCGCUGAGGUGGCGGGCGUGGAUGACAACGGAUCUGCUCAACAAGUACUUCCAGCACCGCACCUUCUACAACAUCCAGUCGCAGUCCUUAAUAGACAACCCAGAUCAGCGAAUCAACGAUGAUGUUGACGACUUCACCACCACGUCGCUCACCUUCUCCCUCGCGCUCGUCAACGCCAUCGUGGAUCUCAUCUCCUUCUCCGGCAUCCUCUACUCCAUCUACCCGCCGCUCUUCGCCGUGCUGCUCGCCUAUUCUCUAGGAGGGACAGCCAUCAGCGUGUAUUUAGGCAGGGAGCUAGUGGCGCUCAACUUCCUGCAGGAGAAGAAGGAGGCGGACUUCCGGUACGGGCUGGUGCGAGCACGGGAGAACGCCGAGAGCAUCGCCUUUUACGGCGGGGAGCGCAGCGAGACGCGCCUGCUGCUGCAGCGCUUCCGCCAGUCCUUUGCCAACUACUCUCGGCUGCUGGUAGUCGGUCGCAACCUCGAUUUCUUCACCAGCAACUACCGCUAUCUCAUCCAGCUGCUGCCAGCAGCCGUGGUGGCGCCACUCUACUUCCGUGGGGAGAUUGAGUUCGGCGUGAUCAACCAGUCCUUCUCUGCCUUCAACCACGUUCUCGGGGACUUUUCCAUCAUCGUCUUUCAGUUCCAAGCGCUCUCACAGUUCUCUGCCACUGUGGAACGGCUGGGCGAGUUUCAGGAGGUGCUGGAUGACCAGAGCAAGCCAGCCGCGUUGCCAGCCUCCUCUGCUGCUUCUCCUGCGCCAACUGCUGGCACCGCGGACUCACAGUCACCUGCGACGGAUUCUGCAGCACCCGUGGCUGCAGGCGGGAAGUUGGUGGUGAGCAGCAAGGGGGAGAAGCUGGAGGGAAGGCCGCAGGCAACAGCAGCUGAGGCAGCGGCGGAGCACCUAGCGUCGCUGUUCAACAGCUUCAUCACCAUUGAAAACGUCAUUCUCCCGGCUUCUUCUCCCUUUCUCCCCCCCGCCCUGCUGCCUGCCUCUGCCUCUUCCUCCUCCUCCUCCGCCUCCCCCCGUGUGCUGCUGGAGGUGGACGCACUCACUCUCUGCACGCCACAGUACGCCUCGUGCCUGCUGUCUGGCCUUUCACUCUCCGUGAAGCAAGGGGAACACCUGUUGGUGAGUGGUGCGAGGGGAUGGGGACACCUGGUGAGUGCAGCGAGGAGAAUACUGCUGGUGAGUGCAGCAUGGAGAAUACUGCUGGUGAGUGCAGCGAGGAGAAUACUGCUGGUGAGUGCAGCGAGGAGAAUACUGCUGGUGAGUGCAGCGAGGAGAAUACUGCUGGUGAGUGCAGCGAGGAGAAUACUGCUGGUGAGUGCAGCAUGGAGAAUACUGCUGGUGAGUGCAGCGAGGAGAAUACUGCUGGUGAGUGCAGCGAGGAGAAUACUGCUGGUGAGUGCAGAGAGGGGGGCAUUGUGUGUUGCAGGAGGUGGACGCACUCACUCUCUGCACGCCACAGUACCCCUCGUGCCUUCCCUCCCACCACUCUCUGCGUCAAGCAAGGGGAGUGAUGUGAGGGGAGCAGCUGUUGAUGCUUACUUCCCCCCCUUGCGCGAUACCAUCUCUGCAUGCGAUUCCUGCCAUUUGGGAGUUCACCCAGUUCAACUUCAGUUCAACUCUGUCGGCUCGGCACCCCUCAGUUCAACUUCAGUUCAACUCUGUCGGCUCGGCACCCCUCAGUUCAACUUCAGUUCAACUCUGUCAGCACCCCUCAGUUCAAUUUCAAGGCUGCCUCCAUUCUACCUAUUGGCAACUUGCAAGAUCCAUCUAUUCUGUUUCAUCCCCACCCACCCUUCCGCAGACCUCCUGUUUCCCCCUUCUCCCCACCAAUCCAAACCCUCUCUCCUUUCCCCGCUUCCACCCGAUAAUGGGUCCCAGUGGCAGCGACAAGACAUCUCUGCUCCUCUUUCCUCCACCCCUUUCCCUGCCACCUAUGCCCUCUUCUCACGCCAUCUUUUCUCCCCACCCCAGAUUAUAGUGGCCGGACUCUUAUUACCCACCAUGGAUCAUGGGUCCCAGCGAAUGAACAAGUGUUUUGAGCCGUCUCAAAACGCCGCACCACCCUCCUCUCCCCCCCUGCCCUCCCGCCCAUCCCAGAUCAUGGGUCCCAGCGGCAGUGGCAAGACCUCUCUGCUUCGAGCCGUUGCCGGGCUCUGGCGAUCGGGCAGCGGAACGGUCAGAAGAUAUGUUUACCUGCCUGAGGGAUCAGCAGCGUCAACAGAAAGCAAAGCAGCCCCCCCUAGCAGCAACACGCAUAGUAAUACGAGCGCUGUGAUUAAUGACAGUGCCCAUUCAAAGAAUGACUAUAACGAGAAUGAUGGAGAAGGGAGUGGGAGUGGAGCGAGGGGCAAGACAGAGGAGGCAGAGGGGCAAAAGAGUGAGGGGGAAGUGAGUGUGGAGAGGCGUGAGAGUGAGAGUGAAGCGAGUGUGAGCGUGAGUGUGGAGGGCGCGAGCGUGGUGAAAGCAGAGGGUGCAGUGGCUGACGUGGAGGAUGGGGUGAUGGACGCAGGAGGGGCGGUGUUCUUUGUCCCGCAGCGGCCGUACAUGGUGCUGGGGUCGCUCAGGCAGCAGCUGUUGUACCCCACGUGGAGUGAGCUGGAGGAGGGGGAAGGGACAGGGCGGGCGGAUGAUGGGAGGGUAGUAGUGGCGCAGAGGGAGGGGGGCGAGGGGAGCGAGGGGAAGGAGGAGAGGGAGGGGAGUAUGGAGGGGUGGUGGACGGUGGGUGGGUUGAUGCAGCGGUUGGGGAUCAAGAAGGACGCAGACAAUGGAGGGACAGGUGAGAGGCAAGGAACAUGCCUGGAUUCCCUCCCACCUCCAUUUCCACUCUCGCCUCAUCACCCCACAACAUGGCGCACCGCUGGAAGUCUGAAACGUCUCACCUCUGCUUUUCUGCUUCCCUUCCAUCUGUUUCCUGCCCCUCUGUCUCCCUCCCUCUCUCAUCUCCCACCAGCCGGAUUCCCCCCCACCUCCAUUUCCACCCUCGCCUCAUCACCCCACAACAUGGCGCACCGCCCUCAGCCGUCGGAUGAGGAGCUCCUGGCAGUGCUGGACGGCGUGAGAUUGCGCCACGUGGCGGAGCGCCAGGGGGGCCUAGACGCGCAGGUGGAGUGGGCGAGUGUGCUGUCGCUGGGCGAGCAGCAGCGCCUCGCCUUCGCCCGCCUGCUGCUCUCCAGACCGGAACUUGCUCUCAUGGACGAAUCCACGAGUGCCCUGGAUGAAGAAAACGAGGCGCAUGUGUACGGGCUGGUGGAAGCAGCAGGCGUGACGUUCAUCAGCAUCGGCCACCGCAGCUCCCUGCGCCGCUUCCACUCGCUCCUCCUCACCCUAACACCUGCCGGGAGGGCCGACGCCGCCACUGCUAACGUCACUGAUGACAUCACGGACAGGAGUGAUGGUAUCAGCAGUGGGGGAGAGGGUGUGGAAGGGAAGCGGGUGGUGGCACGUGGAACAGGCAGCAUGUGGACACUGGAGAGAAUAGCAGACUAG